AUGGCGCCCCCCUGGCCGCUCAGGCCAGCCAGGUGGGCACUGGCGAUGAUGGCCAGCUUGGCGUGCCCAACCCGGUGCGCCUCCUCUGCAGUCCGCGAGCCGAUGCCCACGGUGGCGCAGUGCCCCCACUGCGGAUUCGCGGAGUGGACGUGCACUUCGCAGUGUAGCCCGCUGUUGGGCAUCGAGUUCAAUUUCUCCCACGAGGCCGACGGAUGCUUCGAGGCGAUCCCCGGCAAUGACAGAACAUUGUUCUGGGACACCGACGCCUACUGUAUCUUCCCAGAGGCCGAUGAGGUCCUGGGCCUCACCUGCGACGAGAUGCACAAGUACACCAUGGACAGCCCCUACGUCCUGCACCUUGACCGCUGCUCGCUGAGCAGCACCUCGACCAUGACGGUUUUGGAGGAAUGCCAUUGGACUUGCAAGUUCGGGCGGCCUUUCUACCGUUGCAUUUGGACAUUUGACCCCGAGGGCGAGUUCGACCACAACGGUGUCUCGACUCUGGAGAAAUGCUGGUUGGUCGAGUCUUGCACUUCCUCCUUCAAGCAGAAGGUGGAGGCCGUCUGCAGGCCCAUGGAUCUGUGGACCCAGGCGGGCCUGAGCGAGCUGGAGAAUCAGCACUUGCAGGAGCAGCUGAUGCUCCUGGGCAACUCCCACUCUGACGCGGCCGAGGAGCUCGUGGCGGCACUGACUUCCGCGGGCCUGUCAGAGGAGGAUGCCGCCGCGGCCUGGGACAAGUACAACGAGGUUGUGGAGGAGCUGAAGAGCCACGCCGAGGCGCUGAGCGAGGCGGGGCUGAAUGCGGACGAUGGCUCGACGGCGGGCACUGUGGUCACGACUGUGCUUCUCAACGGGGUGUCGUACAUGCUCCUGGUCGGAGACGCAGAGCACACCAAGUCCUCGGAGGAUACCGUCAAGGCAGUGAUCAUCGAGGCAGCCGGGGGCGACUACACCAUAGACGACGUGAUGGUGGAGUUCAGGCGGAGCUCCAGGCGUGAUGGCAGCAUGGUGAUCGAGGCCACGCUUGAGACCCACGGUGCCUUCACAGCGACGCUGGUGCAGUUCAACCUGAAGCGUGCCGAGACGCUCGGUGCGGACAUCCUGGCGGCGCUGCAGGCACUCCCGUUCUUCGUGGCCGACGGCCCCGUCUCCGUGGGCUCCGUGAAGGUGGAGGUUCUGAGCCAGGGAGAGGACGACGAGUACGUGGACUUGGCCGCGCAGGUCGCGGCGUACAAGGAGCUGGCGGCGAGGCAGCAGCGGGACAUAGAGGACAGCCAGGAAAAGACGGCCCAGCUGGCGGUCAUCAUCAUCGUAAUGGGCGCGGUCAUCCUGUGCCUCGGCGCGGUGUCGGCGGCGCUGUGCGUCGCGCGAAAGAGGAGCGAGAAGGUGUUGCCCCCGACCGAGUCCAAUCGCGUCGUGAUCGGGCGGCCCGUCGGGCAGGGGGAGCCUGCUGCGCUGGGCUCGGUGGCGGUGCACGCCCCGGCCGGCGAGAAGGGCGGCGCUGCCUUGCCAGCCCCAACCGGCAUCAUCGACGCGGUGCCGUUGAGGAGGCCUCUCGAGAAGCCGGGCGCGGGCUCCACAGGUGGCACUGGCUUGAAGGGCCUGGACGUGUGA